AAAGACCCAUAUUUACAUGGAAAAUAUAUAGUACACGCAAUUUCCUGUCAACGAAGGUUCUCUUUUCAUUCCAAACUCUAGACGGAUUAUACACCUCAUUAUGUGGAAGAUAUACAAGUAGAAGUAAAGAUAGAUAAUGGCCCUAACUUUUCACGACCUUUUGAAAGAAUAUGUCGACCUUUUGGACGACUGGCAGAGAGAAGUUGAUGAUAUUAGAAAGAUGCACCACGAGAUCUGGAAAGAGAGCAGAGUUUAUCCCAUCAUUAAACAACACAGAGCAGGAAGUCGCGUCGAGAAACAGUGUCGAAUACUUCCAAUAGGAAAACAAACCGAUGUGGAUUACAAGUUCGAGGUAACAGGGGUAGUUGUCGAAACAGAGAAAAGAAUAGGGCUGUAUUGGAAAGUUAGCGCGUCAUCAAAUGCUCACGGGAAAAUAUUUGUGGCAAAGGAAACAAAAUUGGAGCUAAUGAACAGACCUCAUUAUUCUGAUAUAUUCACAGAAAAUGUCUUCGUUUGGAGCGAUGAGGAAGAUGCCUAUUUGUUACUGCCUGGACCAUUCAAAGAAAACGUGGUACAAAUGAGUAAAUUUGAAUAUAGAAAAGAUGCCACGCCACCUUUGAACAGUCCCUCCGUCCCGGGACAAGGGGCUGUGAAUGAGUACGAUAUUGUUCCAUGUCUUCGACUUUCUCAAUGGCCACUUACUGUCCUUAAAUGGGCAAAAGACGUUUGCUCUGAACACAAAGCAUUAAACAAAGAAUUCAGAUCAAAAAUGUUGAAGAACGAGUUUUUGUUCAUCGUUGCGGCAGGAAAUCCAACAUCUCCAGAGAAAGACAAAGAAUUCAGACUUUCUUUCUCUCUUCUGGAAGUAAAAUGCUUUGAAAAACUGUCUCCCUAUCUAAGAAAACUUUAUGGAUUAAUAAAGUAUGUCUAUAAAAUGAAACUCGAGUCUAUAGAUUUAUUAGACUCUUACCACAUUAAAACACUUUUCUUCUGCAUGCUCGAUAAUAAAUUCAAUGGGAAGAAACUUACAUGUUGUGAUUAUUUAAAGGAUCUAUUACAUUAUUUUGACAAUUUGAUAAAUGCAUGCAAAGAAGAAAGAGUUGAACACAUGUUUGUUGAGGAUUGCAACAUAUUCCCUUUCCACAAAAUAAACAGGACAGAAAAAGUCAAACAACUUAUCGAAACUCUUGAUAGAAAGGAUAAAACUAUAGAAGAUGAAUUGCAUAUACUUCUCCGACGGGACUUGCUUAUUUCAGACAGUGAUGAUGAAACAUGGAUAAAAAUGGCUGUAGAACAAAUUCAGAUACUACAGACGGGAUCUAAAAAAUGCAUCUACAUCAACAGCUAUUUGACUAGACUAAUCAGUUUGAUAAUAUAUUCUUUAUACGAAAAUAAAGAGCAAAAUAACCUUGGCAUUGCUGUUUCUCGAAUGCAAAACUUGUUCUCUGAAUAUCCAGGAAACAAAAAUGUUCACCGAAUGAUUUCCAUGGUUAAUGCAACUCUUGAGAGACUUGAUACAAGUAAUAACUCAAAAAUAACGAUUGAUACAUCGUUGGACACGUGUUCCUUAGCAGAUAAUAUCAGUAGAAAAGUUCACAUUGCUUUUGAAGCAUACCUACAUAAGGAUUUCCAACACACCUUGGGAUUUCUGCAAGACGUUUCACCGGAGUAUGGAAGAAAUCUGAACGAAUCGGGUUUCAUAGGUAUUUCGGUUACAAGCUAUCACAAAGACUUUGAACUGGACGACCCUCUUCACUAUGUUAUAUCUACAUUGGAGGAAAGUUCAAAAGAACACAAAUGUCCCCGAUUUUAUCUAGAUCCUGUCUUCCUAGCACAACAUCUAAAAAUCCAAGUUAGAUUAAAGACAAUGGAUAAAACUCCAGAUCAGUCAGAUUUCGAUAUUCUCAAAAACUUGUGUGUCUGCCUGUCUGACCGAGAGCCUUAUAUGGGACGACUGUCUUACAGAUUCUCAGCAAUAUUAUUGUUACAGGGAUACAGACAGAUGCUAGAACGAUACAGCAUUGUUUUCACUGGCAUGGACAGUGAAAGUAUUAACAGUUUUAAUCAUAGAGCCUUUGCCACAAAUUUUGAUUUACGAUAAUUGAAGCCUACCUUCAAUACAUUUUACGAUGAACUAUGAAAAAAUGACUAAAGUGAGACUAUGCCUGUACAAUUAGAUUUUACUGGAAAUUCUAUAAAUUUUGAAAGGAU